CCUCUCCGGAAACCACUUCCGUUUAAUAGUUCUAGAAAUAGCUUUGGUGAAAUUCACACAUCCCAAGGGCUAGACCGGGCGUUUCCGUCUCUGUUCCCCUCUCCUGACUGAACGUAUGAAAAACGCACAAAGGACAGACGUCCGAGGCUACAUUGCAGGUGCUAGCCUUCUUAGCAAACACUUGCUACGCAGUCCAGGCAGGAAUAUAACCCGCGAGAUAAGUAAUGCUCGCGAAAGAUGAGGACGCGCGCGAGGAAAGGGCCAGCGCCACCGUUCUUAUUUCCGCCCUUUAUUUCUCGUACGCCUGCCUCAGGCUAAGGACAACGUCACUGGUCACAGACGGGAUUUGAAGUUGACAUCUGAUUGGCUGAGGAGUGAGAGUUGCGUCACGUCAUUACGGGGAAUGCUGUAAGGCGAAAAGGGAUUCGCUGCUAGUGUGGCAAAGGCGUGUUGAUUUUUAGGGGCUCUUCAAAAACCAAUCGCAGACGAAAGUACAGCAAGCAUUUCUGGGCAAUACGAACAUAUUUAUGCCUUUUUUAAGCGGAUGGUGGUGUGAAUUAUCUCUGGACUUAAGUAAUAUGGCUGCAAAAAUGCUGUUAAAUAGACUGGUGUAGACUCAACUGAAGACAACACCAACUCUACACAAAAACGUAUCAGGGUACUAGCAUGAUCACACUUCUUUUGACUUUUUGCUUUUGCUUUCUACCUCAGGUAUGAAAUCGACGAGUUUGAUUGACGUUCGACAGUAGUACACAAAAGCCGAUGGACCAACCUCACUCGGGACGCGAUGGAUUGGAAUGGUGCUCAGAGAAGUUCAUGUUUCUUGGCGGAGCGGAAGAGCGGUCGAAAUAUAUCUGGCACGUCCUGUCAGUGGCACUCCCUCUUUGGACAAGGAUCUGCGGUGACAUUCACAGUUAGAAUGACUUUUAGUAUGAAAAGAUAACAGUUACAAAUGAAUGUAAAUAUGAUGGUUUCGUUAACUUAUUCUUCAGAGGUAUAAUAUCUUGAUUGUAAAUAAAAUGGAAAAUAUUAUUGACACGUAAUUAAGAUUUCUUGAUGAAAAAUUGCGUCUAUUUCUUUAAUUAUCCCUACUGAAAUACGUGUGAUAGUCUGGCCUGUACCUUUCCAUAGAGAGCUUAAGCAACGAAGACGGCGACGGCUACGAAAACGGUACUUAAAAAGUGACUUCGCACUGCUUCAAACUUUCUUGCGCUUAGUCCAUCUCGCUCAAUUCGUCAAAUGUUGGCAAAAAAAAGCGAACACGAAUGAAUACGACAUUUCCUCCAUAACUGCCCUGCGAACAGAGUUCUCUCUCUCUCUCUCUCUCUCUCUUGCAUGGCUUUUAGCGUUAACGAAGUUGUUCGCGUCGCUUGUGACUCGCGUAGCUUGGACUGACAAAGGACGCGAACAACUUUGUGGACGUUAUAUGCCAUAGAUUCAAACGACAAACCAAAGAAAGGGUUCGAACCUUCUCAACUAAAUUUCGCCUUUAGUUUUUAUUUGCCAAAGACUGAAACGUGUGCUUGAAUCACGAAGAAACGGAUUCAUCAUAUGAAAAAAAGGACCACAAAUUUUGCUAACCAUCAUGUGAUGGAUGCUCUGCCUUUACGAAUACGGCAGAUCUUCCGUCCGAUCCGUGAAAAAACUUAAUUCGUUUCCGCCGAGAAAUAAGCAGUUGCUUAUGGGAUAACAGGAAUCGGAAAUGAUUACUAUUCAGUUACUUAACUUUGAUCCUUUUCAUAACAUUCUAUUUCGCAAUACCUAAUUGGUAACUAAAACAAACAAGGACGCAAGCUAAGGAUUUUGCAAAUAUUGCUGAACUUUGUAAUUCCCUAUCGAACUAAUCAAAAAAGACUUUCAUUGACAAUCUUGCAAAAUAUCUUCGGCAAGGCAAAGCUCCGUACGGAGGAUUCAAGAAGAUUGCACAUGCAACACUGAGAAUUCCGACCCUCAUUUAAUAAAUCCUUAAAUACCUUCGUGUUGUGCAAACAGAAUUGUGAAGGUGCUAAUCCUCUUACCUAACGCUGAAGAAACUUAUCAAACAAGAUUUCACAUAACUCAUGUCAGAAUUUGCACGUUACAAGAAGAUUGACAAUUUGCGGACAACUGCAUGAAAGGUCGACGAAAUGUUCCUGUCAGUUAAUGCUUCUUCUUUCGCUUUUUUUAAUAUUGUAGUUUGUAACGCUACAGUGUUGACACCCUCCAUCCUUAACCAUACUUUUUUCGUUUUUUAUAGUUUAUCAGUAUUACCCCUUGCGUUUUUUUCUACUAAUAGUUUGAGGUUUCUUUCAUAUUCAAGUUCAUUUUGAACGCUGUUAAAUAUUGACUCGGCAUAUCGUGAUAUAGCCACAUUAAUCUCAGUUUAUAAACGCCAUUAUACUAAGGUAAUAUUUGAAUAGCUUUUCAAAGCUUCUUCCCAAGGUCGAUGGCUUCCAUUAGGUCACUGACCCCAUCAUUUUAAGCUUCAUAGCUGCGUAAUGCUUACUCCUAGCUAAACAGUCAAUUAGAGAGAGGUCAUUUCACAUUUGACUCUCAUGCCCAGAAAUUGAUACUACAAACACUUGCUCACCGUUAGACCGCGGUGUGAAAUAGCACAGAUUUAAGCUUAUCAGAUUCGUACUGUUUUUUUUUUUUGCCAUUGAAGAUUCGUCGCAGUUUCCAAAUUUUCCCACGGGGGGUGCUGUACAUAGGGGGAGUGGCAUCAUGAAGAACGAUAGCUAACUGUCACCACCCAAAAAGACGAUUUUGACAAAAGAUUACAAGUGUAGUAAACUUUUAGACGUGAUGGACUGCUUUUAAGUGUGGUAGAAUGAUACAAAUCCCUUCUCACAGAUCGUACUCAUUCUUCAUAAAAAAAGCAUAGCAACAAAAUAAAAAAAUUACCAACAUUGACAUGAAAGCGUAAUUCACUGAAAUAAAAGCCGCUGUUUUAAUUGGGAUUCUUAAACCAAAUGAAACGAUCAUUCAAGGACAGUCUACAUUAACUUUAAGCUACCUUUUACUUCAAUUUACUCAUGAUUCAUUUCUUGUUGUUUGGUGAUACCUGAGAAUAAACAUCAAUUUAAAAGACCAAUAUGUGACGAGCAAGAAUCGCGUGAAACUGUUUCAUUUUGCUACUUAUUAUACAAAAAAGUGAUCAGAACCGCACUAAGUCAAGUAUGGAUUAAGUGUACUUUCCGCAUUGUUUAGCAUUUUAUCAUGCUCAACACUCUGGUUAUUUAGCACUAUGACUCCAGUUUAUCCAAUAGUGGUGUCAGACCGGGGGGGUACCCAACAAAGUCUUACACGCAGAGGCUCCGCACCUAAGUCCAACCCUUUAGCUUUUUUGGCACAAAAAGUACCCCUUUCGUAUAUCUUCUAUUAACAAAUGGCUUCCCUUCCACAUACAUAGUUAAAAACUUUGCAUCCCUUGAACUGAUGUAAAUGCACUCUCUCUACGAUCUGAAUAAAUCUCAAACUAGAACGUCUGCUCGACGUUUUCACAGCCAUAUAAUGCAUCCGUUAGGGCUUUAGGGCCUUUUACAGACCAAAACGACAAAAUUCCUACCCUUAAUUUUCAUAUACUUCAACUAGUGAAAUCCCACUCUUACCAAAUACCUGAAACUUGAAAAAGGUACCCCUUUCUGGCGGAGCCUCCCCCUAAAAGCUGUUAUAUGGAGUACCCCCGGGGGUGUCAGAUCGGCAGCUAUAGCUGAGUAGGUCUGCUUAGUAGCCUUGACAGAUCCCAGUGGGUGAUUUGUGGAGGCUUGUUCUGGGGUUCUAGUUAAACUUUGAGGAUUUUACUUUGAAUCGUCACGAAAUUGAUAGAGGUCGUUGUAAAAUGUCGUACAAUAUGAAUGAUUGGGACGAUACCAUGAGAUCCAAAAGCACCGAAACACUAGGAAUUAAAAAGAGUAGAAAGGAGAGCGAUGAUUCACGAUCCGACACCGGCUUCCCAAGAACUAGGACAUACCUAGUUGUUUCCCUAGUGCUCAUUGCCAUGUUGGUCAUUGCUUGCGUUGUGCUGAGCAUUUUCCUCGCUAAAGAAGUGAAGAAGAAGCAGCAGCAGACAGUCAAAGGAAGGCCACCACCGUCCGGUAUCACACAGAAGGAGUAUUGUUACACCGCUGAGUGCCUAAGAAUUGCAGCUGAUUUCACCAGGAACUUGAACAGGUCUGUCAAUCCUUGUGAUAAUUUUUAUCAGUAUUCUUGUGGUUCUUGGAUAAGAGACCACCCCAUUCCCCCUUCAAGGACCAUGUACGACGCUUUCAUUGUACUAGAUGAACAGAACUUUCUGAAAUUACGAGAUAUUUUAGAGGAAGAUGACAACUUGCCUAGCAAGCACGCAGUGAAGAGGGCAAAGAGAUAUUUCAAGGAUUGCAUGAAUGAAGAGCAAGUAGAAAACACCGCUCAACAAAGUAUCGAACAGUUCAUGGCCAAAUAUGGCUCCUGGGCUUUGAAUAAUCAGACGUGGAACUCUACAAACUGGAAGUGGUCGAACGUUUUAUUAGCUAUGACAUUAGAUCUUGAAGAAACGCCCCUUUUUGGUACCUACCGUGAUAUCAACCCAAAGGAGUCAUCUCGACAUAUAUUAAGGGUAAGUAAACUUUUUUGUUCUCGAUAA